AUGCAGUAUGUACGCAUAUUGCAAACACUACCACGCUUAAGUCAAACACAUUCCAUGAGUGAUUCGAAAGCAGAUAUAAACCAUUAUGACAAUGACAGGAAAAGCUUACGGAAUGAUGUGUCUGGGGUAGGGAGCCAUAAUGGAACUGCCCAUGAUGAUGAUAAUAAUAAUAAUAAUAAUAAUAGCGAUACAUCACCAGAUUCCAGCGAAAACGAACAAGCCCAUGAUCCCAAAGAAAAUGGCCCGGAGCUAAAUAACAAGCGUAUUAUUUUACAAAGAUUCACCAUUUAUAACUCUCUCUCCACCAUGUACAUUGUGGGUAGCAAUGCAAAGGAGAGCCUUUUCCGGAUUAUCGAAAUAAGUUCAUCUGACAACUCUACUUCCCUAAAUAUCAUUGAGGACAAGAAUUAUUUCUAUACAAGAAAGGACAUGGUUGAACUUAUAAACGGCCUUAAUGAUACAAUUGAAGGAGGAAUUCAUAAAAUUGCACAAGCUUUCGGUCUUAUUGGCCUUAUAAAGUUCACUAGAGGAUACUAUCUCUCAGUGAUUACUAAGUGCAGCCAGGUUGCCAUUAUCGGAGGUCAUUUCGUAUAUCAUAUCGAUGAGACAAAGCUAAUUCCUCUUGAUCUCAAUUACAAAAGACCGGAUAAGUAUUCCGAUGAAGAGAAGCUCCUCACAAUUUUCAAAUACUUGGAUUUGGGUAAAACCUUUUAUUUCAGCUACACUUACGAUGUUACUAAUUCGUUGCAAACAAAUUUCAUGCGGCAUAAGCGGGCCGCAAUGGAAUCUUCAAAGCUUGAACAAGAAGCAGUGCAUGAAAAAUUUGAACAUAAUGAAAGAUUUGUUUGGAACAACUUACUUCUACGUCCAGUUCUAUCUCAAUCUGACAUAGCAACAUAUGAAUGGUUCCAACCAAUCAUACACGGGUUUAUAGACCAAGCAAACAUAUCUAUCUAUGGACGCAAAAUCUACAUCACUAUCAUUGCACGAAGAUCACACCAUUUUGCUGGGGCCAGAUUUCUCAAGAGGGGGGUUAAUGACAGAGGCAAUGUUGCAAAUGAAGUGGAAACGGAGCAGAUUGUGUCAGAUAUGUUAACCACUUCUUUCCAUCACCCAAAGUUCGGAUUCUACUCGAACCCCCGGUACACAAGUUUCGUGCAACAUAGAGGGUCAAUCCCUCUUUAUUGGACACAAGACCUCAAUCGAUUACCAAAACCUCCAAUAGAAAUUAAUCUUUUCGAUCCUUUUUACCAAAGUUCGGCAAUGCAUUUUAAUGACUUAAUGUCCCGAUAUGGUACACCGAUUUUCAUCUUAAAUUUAAUCAAGACUAAAGAGAAACAACCUCGUGAGCUGAAAUUGAAUCAACACUUUGAAAACUGUAUCACGUAUUUGAAUCAAUUUUUACCACCCGAAGCAAAACUACGAUACCAUUCAUUUGACAUGUCCAAACAUUCGAAGAAGAAUAUGGAUGUUAUUGGACCCUUGCAGAAUAUUGCACGCUUAUCAAUCAAAGAGACUGGAUUUUUUCACAAUGGUAUAGACUAUGCUUCUACAAAAAUCCAGCGAGGGGUCAUGAGAACUAAUUGUAUUGAUUGCCUCGAUAGAACAAAUGCAGCACAAUUCAUUAUUUGCAAAGAAGCACUCUCUCAUCAAGUUCGAAGCCUUGGUUUUUUAUCUCCAUCUGCAGAGCUAGAUUAUGAUUCUGACCUCAUGAAUAUUUUGACGGAAAUUUUCCAUGAUCACGGUGAUACAAUAGCAGUUCAAUACGGUGGGUCGAAUUUGGUUAAUACCAUGGAUUCAUACAGAAGGAUCAAUCAGUGGUCAUCUCACACCCGUGAUAUCCUUAACAGCAUCAAGCGGAUUUACUCUAAUUCUUUCAUGGACCUGAUUCGCCAAGAAGCAAUUAAUUUAUUUCUAGGAAACUACGUUUAUGAUCCCGACAAGCCAAAAUUAUGGGAGCUCCAAAACGAUUAUUAUUUACACAACAAUAAUCAGAUCCAGAAUUUUAGGACAAAACCGAGUUAUCAGCGAUGGUACAACAUGCAUAUAUUGAAGAAGGAUAGAGACAAAUUAAUUUGCGAGCCUGAGUCUCAUACAUAUUCUUUAUCAAAAAUCCAGUACCUUGCUCCCUUCCCCGAAUACAACGAUAACUGGUUUAAUGAGUGUUACGUUCCCCGAAAAUUCCAAUCUUUUUCUGAAAUCUUUCAAUUUAACAUGAACUCAAACUUGAGGUAUUUUCCGUCCAAUUCUAACUUAACACCAAAGGACUUUGAUUAUAGUCCUUUUAAAACUCGAAAGCCUUAUUUCAAGAACAGAUCACUUGAAAGCAAGAAUCAACUUACCGGCAAUGGAAGUGAAAGCAAGAGCAGCCGAGCAAGAGCUCAAUACAUAAUUGAGAGUAGAGGCGAACUACACCAUCAAGAAGAGAAUAAAGACCCACUCAAUGAUAUUAGUCUACAAGAGAGCUAUAAAACUCGCGAGGUAUCUUCACUCAAUAAACACGACAACUCUGGAGGACUACGAAUCCCAUUAUACACUAAAAAUUUGGAUGGCUCAUCAGGAAUAUUGCAGAGAUCUUAUCUCCAGAGUGAUAGCAUCUCUUUUGGCAUUAGCGAGAACAAUGUUUUCAUUUACGAAAACUAUUUUAAACCUGAUUUCAUUCCAUUGGUUUCCAACAUUCAUGAGGGAAAUGAAGCACGGCGCGAUGUUUCAGUCAAUAACAUUAAUCAUAAAGUGUAUGAAUAUUCCACAUCUAUCAAAUUCACAUCAAGCCAACUCUUGUCGCAAGAACCUUCAUUUUUGACCACCCCCGACAUUAAAUGUUAUUGGAUGUACGUCGAUGGCUACAAAAACGAGAGCUCAACAUUGUCAACAGAAGAUAAUUACUUCAUGUAA